AUGUUAACUCGACACAUAUUUUCUCUUCAAAGAAAUAACGACGGGAAAGCAUUGAUUGCCGGCAAUUGUCACAUGAAAAUAGAUCGAUUUCCAACAGAAUUAUUUCAUCAUUUAUUUGAGUAUUUUUGGGCUGAUGAAAUUCUUCAUUCAUUUUCAAAUCUUAAUGAUCGAAUCGAUUCAAUUCUUAAAUUUUAUUCCGCAUAUCGAAUCAAUUUUCAAUCUAUUCGAAAAUCCACCUUUCAUCUGGUUUGUAAACAAAUUCGACCUGAACAAGUGUUAUCACUUGUAAUCUCAGAUGAAAACGAUACAAUUGGUCAAUCGGAAUUAUUUUUAUCCUAUUUUCAAAUUGAACAAUUCACAAAUUUACGAUCACUUUCUUUGAUACAUAUGAAAAAGGAAUCAUUACACCGAUUCUUACAAAAUUUAUCAAACCUUAAACAAUUAGAUUCUCUUUCAUUUGACAGUUCAUAUCGAAAGAGAAUAUUUACUGACAUUAGCAGUACAUCCAUUGAAAAUAAUAUUCCUAUUCAGAUCAAUUUACCAAAAUAUUAUCCAGAACUAUUACCCCGAUUGAAAUAUUUCAGUACAUGUUAUUGGGAUGAAUUAACAUCAAUUGAAUUUCGAAAUCUACGUCAAUUAAGAUUAUAUUCAUUUACAUUUCAUCGUGUGAAUGAAAUUCUUUAUCAUGCGCCUCAACUUCAUUCUCUUACUUUGCUUCUCGAAUAUAUUCGAGGUUUUCAUCAAAUACAAUCAUGUUCUUCAUUACGAAAACUCACUUUGAUCAUUUCAAAUACAGAAAUAUCCAUGUAUAACAUUGAGCAACUUUUACAGAACUUUCCAAAUUUAAUCCAUUUUGAAAUCAAAUGUUUGUCGAAAUCAGUUGAUAUGAGUUUUGUUGAUGGAUAUCGAUGGCAACUAAUCGCACAGUCAUUUCUUUCUUUCAAUUUCUUCUUUCAUGNUUUGACAUUGCCGAUUAAAAAUGUUUCUUGA